AUGAAGAAAAUAAGUUCGCAGAUUCAAUCGCUUAUGAAUAGAAAUAGCUUUUAAGAACCUUCAUUAAGCAACGAUAUUAAAUCUUCAAGAAGCAAUCUUAAGACAGCAAAGACAGAACGACCUUAAUCCAAAACUAAAAAAAAUGACCUAUUAGAUUAUUUUAAAAAAGAAAGAAAUACAAUUACGUAAAUGGUUCACUCCGUAAAAAAUACUUUACAAGGAAGCAAAAGCAUUGAUAUUUUACAUACAUAAAGUUAGAAAAGCGAGCGUCUGAAAAAUGGAUAAUUAAAUUACGUGGAUUUGAAUGUUUAGACCGAAGACGGCAAUAAUACAAAAAGGUAAAUACUCAAAUAAAAAAAUUUAUCUCUUGCCAUAGUUUCAUUAGAACUUUUAAAAUCGUCGCAAACUACUAAAUAAUCUUACAAUCAAUCCCCUUAAAAUUAAAUAAAAUCACCGAUAAUAAAAUAAAAAGAUUAAUAUUUAUUUGAUAUGCAAAUAUUAAAAAACACCAAAACCUCCUAAGAUGAUUAUUAACAGAACUCUUAAAUAAAAUAAAAUAAACAGUCAAUUCUCUCUGACGAUCCAUCAUAUCAUAGAUAAUCGAUUGAGGAUAUGCUCUACAAUAAAAAAUACUUUAAUCAAGUAUAAACAUAAAAACAUUUUCCUCAGAAACAAUGUGAGAAUCAAAAAGCUAAACAAAUUAAUUAAAUUCAUUUUAAGACUGAAGCUUGUUCAUCUUAGAUUCAAUAAAAAUAAUAAAAUGCAGAUGAAACAUUGAAUUAUGAUCAGGAUCAAUAGUUAAAGAUUGUCCUCUAUUAUAAACAAUCAAAAUAUCAUUAUUUAUUCAAAUAUUAAACAAAAACUACUGAUGAUCUCUUUAACUAUUUAAUACAGUAAAUAGCUUGUAUUGAAAAAUAAUGUACAAAGUUAGGAGGAGGUACAGGUUCAACAGAUGGAGAUUCAAUUUAAUAAGAAUUAAAUAAAAUAUGUUAGUUCUAAACAGUAUCAAAGGAUGUGCCCUUUGAUUAUUACUUGACAUUACAUGAGAUGACUUUGGAUGUCUUCAAAGGAAACACUCUACAAAUCUAGCCUUUGUAUUCCCAAUCUAUUUAAACUAAAAAGGUUGGAUUGAAAGAUUUUGCAUUAGUCAAAUGUAUAGGUGUGGGAGGAUUUUCGAGAGUGUAUAUGGUAAGAAAGAAAGACAAUGGCAAAUUUUACGCCUUAAAACUAAUUGACAAGAAGUUUAUAUUUGAAAAUUCAAAGGAAAUCAUUGUAUAGAAUGAAAGAGAUAUCAUGACUAAAAUGAACAACCAAUUUGUAACUCCGUUACAUUAUUCAUUUGAAACUAAAUACUAUAUAGCUUUUGUUUUAGAGUAUUGUGCUGGUGGUGAACUAUUUUACCAUCUAAGAAAACUGAAGAGAUUAAAUGAACAAGAUGCUAAAAUCUAUUUUGCAGAAAUCUGUUUAGGAAUGGCUUAUUUGCAUUCUUAAAAUAUAGUUUAUAGAGACAUCAAACCUGAGAAUAUUCUCCUAGACUUAUAAGGUCAUUUAUUGUUAAGUGAUUUCGGAUUAUCAAAACCAGAGAUGUCACCAGAUGAUUUUGCUUAUUCAUUUUGUGGAUCUCCUGAAUACAUGGCUCCAGAGAUGCUCAUGAAAACAGGUCAUAAUUAUCUAGUUGAUUGUUAUUGUUUAGGAGCAUUACUCUAUGAAUUAGUUACUGGAUUGCCUCCCUUCUAUUCACAUAACACCUAAGACAUUUAUAAUUCUAUUUUAACUGAAUAAAUUCAAUUUCCAAAUUACAUCACCAUUUCUCCUCUUUUGAAAGACUUAAUACAAUCAUUAUUGCAAAAGGUUCCUGAAGAUAGACUUGGACAUUACAACGGAAUUAGUGAAAUCUUAAAUCAUAAGUGGUUCUAAGAUGUAAACUUUGAUGCAGUUUUAAAUAAAAAGGUUAAGCCUCCUUAUAAACCUUAUCCUUUGAAAUAUAAUUUUGAUGAAGAAGAAUUCAACAAAGGAGAUGCUGAAUUUAGAAAGUAAUUUCAAAUCAAUUUACAAAAAGAAUUUUAAAAUGUCGACACUGCAAAUUAUUUAUUAGAUAACUUCUAUUACUCAAGGGAUAGUGUGUAUGGAUAAGAAAAAUCAAAAAGAACAAAUGUUCUCAAUUUGAAUCAGUUAUAAAAUUAAGCUCUUAUUGCUGAACCAUUUUCAAUAAAUUAAUAGACUAAGAUUCAAUCACCAUAGGCAGAAUCGAAUGAACAAUUAUUUUCAUCAUCACCAGAGGAUUCAAAAAGAAUCUUUGGAACAAAGGGAAAGAGUGACCUAUUUGAUAACUCAAAAAAAUAAGAAUCUAUGACUAAAUCAUCUUAACUUUAGCAUCAAACUGCAAAACUAGGUCAUACCUAUUCAAAAACUAUGUAACAAGCAUAAUCAUCACUUUAAGAACUCAAACAAAUAAAAUUAUUAAUUGAUCAAUCCAGAGCUUUAUAAACUUCAGACAGAAUUACUACUAUGCCAGAUUAAAAUAACAAAAAAGUAACAGAAAGAGUUAAAACAGAAUAAUUUGGUAAUUUAUCAUCUCCAAAAACAACUACUGCUAGUUCUUCUUUACAUAAAAUGAGUAACUUUCAAGCACUAUUUGGAUCUGAAAAAAACAAGAAAAAAUUAUUUUGA